AUGACUCGUAUGAAGCUGUUGCUGUUGAAGGACUUUGAGGGUGGUGCGUUCAGGAAGCUGCCAAGACUGGAGUGGCUGAAGAUGUCACGCAACCGACUUUCUUCGAUUGAUGGUGGCAUCUUCUCCGACUUAUCCAAGUUGGGCGAGUUUUUCCUGGACGGCAACAAACUGACAUCUAUCGGCCAAGACUCGUUCAUUGGGCUGACAACCUUACGAUACCUGAUGCUACAUGAUAAUGAGAUCGGCACCGUUGAGGAAGGUGCGUUUACCGUCCUGACAUCACUGCUGGGACUUCACCUUGCAAGGAAUAGACUGACGCUUUUGGACGGAGAGGAACUUGUACAACUGAGGAAACUGGCUUACUUCAGCCUGGAUAACAACCCGUGGCACUGCGACUGUCGGCUGCAGAAACUUGUGGACUAUCUGAGGCAGAACAGGGACAAUAUCAAAACGCCAUCCGGCCAAGCCGCCCCCCUCCCCAACUGCACGACUCCAGUGGCUCUGCUUGGACAGAACCUGCUGUCUCUGACCGAGGACACUCUACAAGAGCAGUGUCUACCGUCCUCUCAGCCGCCCAAACCGUCACCUCCCCCGAAAGAUAUCAUGAAGCAAUUUCGCUGGACGCCAGGGGUCGCUGCUUCCAUGCUGAAUCACGAAGAAGUUACGCCACUGUUUAACAUCGUCACCGUGCGAGAUUGUGCGGUACUGUGCUGGAGCCGAGGCAAAAGCGAGUGCCUGUCCUUUGAGUUCAUGCCCGUGAUACAGAAGUGCGUGCUCAGGAGAGGGAAUACCUACACCGUCGGCUUCCGCCUGCGAAUUGAACCAGGAGUAGCCUUCUAUGAAUUACGAGAAGAACUGAAGCCACAGUUUAAGAUCUACGGUCGUGCUUUUGGAAGAAGGCGGCCUGGAAGGAAGGGAAAGUCGAAGGAGAAGAAAGGCAAAAACAAAGAGAGGAAGCGGAAAAAGGGUGGAAGAGGGAGAAACAAGAAAAGAGACCGUAACGGAAAGAAGAAAGAAAAGAAUGAUCAAAAACGAGGAAAGAGAAACCGGAAGGAGAGGCGACGACGACGAAAAAACAAGGAAAAGGAAAAAGAUUCCAAUCUAGUUUGGAUGAGAAAGCAGGGACCAGGGUCGCCAUUACCUUCUGACCAAUCAGACGACAUGAAGAUGAUAACCAUGGCAACAGAUGUUGGAGCUGACGACGGCACCCUUUUGGCGGUUCCGACAAAGAGGGAAGAAAAUGACGAACUUGGAAAGCAGAAUCGAAGACGCAGAAAGGGAAAGAAGAAAGGGAAUAGAAAGGGGAAAGCAAAAAAGAAAGAAAGACAACGAAAGAUAGUGAAAGAAAGAAAUAGGGAAAACGAAAUUACUACAAAUGAUAGCGAUUAUCCUGUUGUUUUCAAGAAUUAAUGACAAUUAUCCUGUUGUUUUCAAGAAUCAAUGACGGCGUUUAAUUUGUUUGAGUAGUUGUUAUUAUGGAGGGCUAAGUAAUAUAGCGGUCCUAUAGUGCGUCUUUUAAUAUGUUUCAAGUAGCCUGGAUACAUAUAAGUGCCUGAAAAUUCAGUAGUUAGUUUCUAUAAAGCAAAGCCUCUCCACAUCCAACUGGAUAUAGCAUUAACGAGUAAGAAGGAACGUCAUCACGUCAUUCCAACAUACUUCUAGGGCUACACGAGUUCAGUCGCAUAAGCGCCUUAUCAUAGUGUAUAGAUGCUUUUCAUUGGUAUCGUAAUGGUUAUUAUAAUCUGAAGUCCUGCCGAAAAUGUUGACGGGUAACUGGAGGAUUAAAGCAGCAUUAUGUUGACUUCCAACAGACGUACACUGUAUGCAGUACGAGUAAAUGACGUCAAAUGAAAAGCCUGUAUAUGGUCUAAAAGAUGAUCAAUGUAACUAUAUAAGAAUCAAUGCGCAUCAAUUUGAUUUACUACGUGUUUUACAACGAAGUGUCCUCUCCCUUUUCGACAAGCCUAAUGGACAGUGUACUACAGCUUCAUUUGCUAUAAAGGACGAUACCAUUUGUGGUAACCUACUGGGACGAAAACUCCGGGACUAAAACACUGGCACUCUAACCGUGGGAUUAAAAGUUUGGGACUAAAACUAUGGGACGAACAUUUCGGGACUAAAGCUCUGGGACAACCUCCGGGACUAAAAAAAACUCUGGGACAACCCCGGGGACUAAAAAAAACUCUGGGACAACCUCCGGGACUAAAAAAACUCUGGGACAACCUCCGGGACAAAAAAAAAACUCUGGGACAACCUCCGGAACUAAAACUCUGGGACAGCCUCUGGGAC